CACCAUAGGGGUACUCAGUGCUGGGUGUUCCAGCAAUCACAGUGGCACAACCGCUCCAAGCCCGCCGACGACAGCUACACCGCCUCCUAGCAGCUGUGUAUCGAUAUCCCCUUCCCAGCUGGCAUACAGUUAUGACCCUGUAAAGAUUUCCUGGGGUCAGCCGGUGAAUGAUGGCGACACUAUAGACUUCUUUUUGAAAAACACAUCUGGGCCCUUCAAGGGAGAUGUGUUCAGUAUAUUAUUAUCAGAUUUGAAAGGGACUCGUGAGUACGUGCUGAAUCCAGUCAACUUACGUAGUGGUGGGUAUAGAGUCGUCUACCGUACAGACAGUGGUGAUAAGGAAGUCUGUUCAACAGACUUGACCUUCGCCCAAGGUGAUGACGAGCCAACUCAAGCGUAUCUCACUAUCAUCGGUGAUGAUGGUCUCCAAGUGAAUUGGGUUAGUGCGUCGAGUGAACGAGGGGAAGUACUCUACCAGAAGCCUGGCACGACUACAUGGACCACUCAUAAGGAGACCAGUCAACCCCAUACCUAUAAAGCAGAAGAUAUGUGCAACAACAUAGCGAUCCACGUUGGCUAUCGCGAUCCAGGAUUCUUCCAUUCUGUUAACAUUCCUAACCUCGAGCCUGGGACAACGGUCAAGAUCCGCAACGGUGGGAGAGAGUCUCGAUCCUUCACGCCUCAUCCGAGGAUUCUUCCCGGCGAUUCCACACGACAUAGUGUGGCGUUGCUCGGCGAUUUAGGCGUCACUGGCGUGAUAGAUGGAGGGGGAUUAGUCUCUGGUGGAGCGUUGAUGUUCCCUUCUCUUCACGCCAGUGUUCCGCUCACUCAUCUUCAAGACAAUGAGCGUAUAAGGCUCACUAUACUCUAUGGAGAUAUAUCUUAUGCCGACGGUUAUGGCACGUUUUGGGACCAGUUCGGGGCGGAGAUGGAAUACAAAUUCGCGAUGAAGGCCCCUUUCGUUACGAGUGUUGGCAAUCAUGACUACGUGUCGACAAACAAUCCGAAGGGGUGGUAUCCUGACUUUGGCAACUACAAUCAAACCGACUCGGGUGGUGAGUGCGGUGUGCCCUUCACUCAUCGUUUCGCCUUCCGUGAUGGAUCAAAAGAGCCUAAAUAUUGGUAUUCGUUUGACUCUGGUUUAGUACACUAUGUUAUGAUGUCCACUGAACAUAAUUGGCUAAAUGGUAGCGCUCAACACAAAUGGCUAGAAAAUGAUCUCGCCAAUGUUGAUCGUAAGAAGACGCCAUGGGUUAUUGUCACUGGUCACAGAGCUAUGUAUCAGAGUUGCAAGGGUUUUGACGUUGAUGACGAUGUGGGUAGACACUUGAUCUCGGAUGUUGCUCCGGUGCUCAGGAAACACCACGUUGACGUUUACGUUGCUGGUCAUUAUCAUCUCUACGAGCGCACCGCCGCUAUCGAUGGAAUAGUUCAUGUUCUGGCUGGCUCUCCACGCUUCAUGGAGGUGACCUCUUGUGAACGGUUCAAGGUUCCGUGGUAUAAGAAAGGCGUAUUCACUCAUGGUUAUGUAGAGCUUGAUGUUGUCAACUCAACUUUGCUUAAUUUUACCUACUGGGGAUAUAAUGCUACUAUAAGUGCUAUGGCAGUUGAGGACUCUUUCCAAGUGUCCAAAAUCGAGUAGCCAUACACAGGGCGAUGAAAUCAUUGUCGCCUAGUAUACUGGAUUCACGUCGCCUUCCAUAGAACCUCUUCCUCACUAGAUGAGUGAGGUUCUAGGAUCGUGUAUGACCCCAGUGGGCCUUUAGUCCUGUUUGUCAUUGUAUUUAUGUCGUAGCAGUCGUGAAAUUACUUCACCUGCCGC